CGCCGAGGAGGAGGAGUCGGUGCUCAUCUGCAUGACCACCACCGACCUCGAGCUCUCGCGCGAGUACAAGCAACGCAACGGCAACAUCAACCUCACCUCCGCCGACCCCACCGCCCGUCUCAAGGCCGUCCACACGAUCGCACCCGAUACAUGGACCCAUUGCGAGAUUCACCCCGCCAUGACCCUCGGCAUCUGCGCCUCGAUCGUCCCCUUCCCCGAUCACAAUCAAUCGCCAAGAAAUGUGUAUCAAUCUGCCAUGGGGAAACAGGCCAUCGGCACACCUAUUUCCAACAUCCUUGCUCGAGCAGAUUCGAUGGCCCACGUCCUUUAUUAUCCCCACAAGCCCCUGGGAACGACUCGGUCGAUGGAGCAUAUCCGAUUCCGCGAGUUGCCCGCCGGCCAAAACUCGAUCGUGGCGAUCAUGUGUUACUCGGGUUACAACCAGGAAGACUCGGUGAUCAUGAACCAGUCGUCGAUCGACCGCGGCUUUAUGCGCUCGCUGUACUACCGCGGGUACAUGGCCGAGGAGAAGAAGGUGGGAGUGAUGCAGCUGGAGGAGUUCGAGAAGCCGCACCGGGACACGACGAUCCGAAUGAAGCACGGCACGUACGACAAGAUCGACGCCGACGGACUGGUGGCGCCGGGCACGCGGGUGUCGGGCGACGAUGUGAUCAUCGGCAAGACGGCGCCGCUUCCGCCGGACUCGGAGGAGCUGGGCAUGCGAUCGAAGCUGCAUACGAAGAAGGACGCGAGCAUCUCGCUCAAGUCGACGGAGAACGGCAUUAUCGACCAGGUGCUGCUGACGACCAACUCGAACGGCAACAAGUUUGUCAAGGUGCGCGUGCGCAACUCGCGUGUGCCGCAGACGGGCGACAAGUUUGCCUCGCGUCACGGCCAAAAGGGAACGGUGGGCAUCAUGUACCGGCAGGAGGACAUGCCGUUUUCGGCGGAGGGCAUCACGCCGGACAUUAUCAUCAACCCGCACGCGAUUCCGUCGCGAAUGACGAUCGGACAUCUGGUGGAGUGUCUGCUGUCCAAGGUGGCUGCGCUUUCGGGACAGGAGGGCGAUGCGACGCCUUUCACCGAGCUGACGGUGGAGGCGGUGUCGUCGAUCCUGCGCGGACUUGGGUACCAGUCGCGUGGACUCGAGGUCAUGUACCACGGGCACACGGGACGCAAGAUGCAGGCGCAGGUGUAUCUGGGACCGACGUACUACCAGCGACUGAAGCACAUGGUGGACGACAAGAUCCACUCGCGUGCGCGAGGACCGGUGCAGAUCCUGACGCGCCAGCCCGUCGAGGGACGAUCGCGCGGCGGAGGAUUGCGAUUCGGCGAGAUGGAGCGCGACUGCAUGAUCGCGCACGGCAUCGCUGGCUUCCUCAAGGAGCGCAUGUUUGACGUGUCGGAUCCGUACCGGAUCCACGUGUGCGAUCUGUGCGGCCUGACGGCGCUGGCGAACCUCAAGAAGGGGACGUACGAGUGCCGAUCGUGCCGCAACCGCACGGCCAUCUCGCAGAUCCACAUCCCGUAUGCGGCCAAACUGCUCAUGCAGGAGCUGCAGAGUGUCAAUGUGGCGCUGCGUCUGUACUAA